AGAGUUUUGCAGAAUCAGUGGGCGGGGUUAAAUCUGUGCUGGAUCUGAGGCGCAUCUGCAUGGCGGUUGUCGAUUACAAUGAAAUGAAAUAAACUACUGGAUCUGCAUCUUGUCAGCGAACCCGUUGCCUCGUAUCUGUGCGGGAUGACCAUGUUUGAAAGUGAACAGCAGGCUGUCUGAGGCCAUUCGCUCUCCCACAUACAUCAGCUUUCGCAGAGGUUUGUUAACACACAGGAGUGACUUAACAGUGCAGCAUGGAGCAAGUGGAGCAGUCAGGAUCAGAGAGCCCCCAGCCGUCAUCCAUACAGUCAGACACAUCUACAGCUCCAGUGGAGGAAGGAAACACUGGAACGAGCACCCGCAGGAAGCGCAGGAAGAGGGAGCCACGGCCCGAAUCCAUCAUUGUUUACCGGUCCGACACUGAGAGGACCGACGGAGACGAGCGAAGUGGAGACGUAGAAGUCACAGAGAGAAACUCAGAGGAAGGGGCUAAAUUUCUCACAACCCCAACAGGGGAAGGAGGAUGGAAUCUACCCCCAGACAGCCGCUAUGUGACGUUAACUGGCACCAUCACACGUGGGAAGAAGAAAGGUCAGAUGGUGGACAUUCAUGUCACGCUGACAGAGAAGGAGCUCCGUGAAAUGGCGAAGUCCAAAGAGCGUCUGGAUGCUGAGUGUGAAGCAGCAGGAGGAGCAAAGCGGUCAUGUGGUUUCGGCUUAGAUCAGGGUCCUCACGUGGUGCUGUGGAGUCUCUCAUGUGCUCCUGUCAUCUUCCUGCUCUCCUUCAUCACCUCAUUUUACUACGGCACACUCACCUGGUAUAACGUGUUCCUGGUGUACAACGAGGAGCGGACGUUCUGGCACAAAAUUACAGUGUGCCCCUUUCUCAUCAUUUCCUACCCACUGAUCAUCAUGGCUGUCUCGUUGUCUCUAGGUCUGUACUCGGCGGUGGUGCAGGUGUCCUGGGUCUUCAGUGAGUGGUGGUUCUCGGUUAGGGAUCUAGAAAAAGGAUUCUGUGGCUGGGCCUGUGGGAAGCUGGGCCUGGAGGACUGCUCUCCAUACAGCAUUGUAGAAUUACUCGACUCUGACACUAUUUCUGGAAGUCUGCAGGGGAAAGGUCCUGGCGAGAGCGUGCAGACUUCCUCUGUGUGAGAGCUGGACUCUGUCAUCUGAUGAAUUGGGUUUCUUAGAGUAAAAGUGGUUCCUGGAUUAACAUGUAUUCGCUGGUCCUGGAACAACAUUCUGCUUGACCCAUCAUUGCUAUCUGAUGUCAUUAGUUUGCGCUUCGGCUUCUCCCCUACCUGAGUCCAUCUGUCAGCUUCCAGAUAACAAGGUCAUUGUAUAGCUCUUAAUAUCAGCUCAUCAUCAAAUUAUGCAAAAUUGUUUAGUUGUUGAAAUGUUUGAAACACUGACUAUAUUUAGCUGCAGUCAACCUUGUAAGCCCAAAGGUGCACAAUUAGUAGUUUGUACAUAUAGCUAGCUAAUGUUCACCAAGCUGAACUGCAAUGAUUCGGUCAGUAAAUUAGAAUGACAAUGAGAAUGGCAAAUACCUAGAGUCCUCAUUUAAUAGAACAUAUGAAAUUGGUGCAGUUUCAGUAUUUUAAUAAUUUUUUUUAUUUUAUUUAUAUAUUUUGAUUUUAUUUUGAUGUAAUUUUUAAAGGACUCAGCUAUCAUUAGAGGCCCGGGUGGGCUUAAAUUCUUGAUUGCUGCUAAACAUGGCCAACGUUACAAAUUUUUCCUUUCUGGAAACUUCCAUACAGAAGCAACACUACCAAGUUCGGCAGGGUAGAUAGAGAGCAAUACAUGGUAAUAAGGUUCUGCUUAAGGGUCUUCAGAUACAGAUACACUUGGCUAACAUUAGUUACAGAUACACUUGGCUAACAUCAGUUACAGAGUCACUUGGCUAACAUUAAUUACAGAUUCACUUGGCUACCAUCAGUUACAGAUACACGUAGCUAACAUUAGUUACAGAGUCACUUGGCUAACAUUAGUCACAGAUACACUUUGCUAACUUUAGUUACAGAGUCACCUGGCUAACAUUAGUUACAGAUACAAGUAGCUAACAUUAGUUACAGCAUCACUUGGCUACCAUCAGUUACAGAUACACGUAGCUAACAUUAGUUACAGAGUCACUUGGCUAACAUUAGUCACAGAUACACUUUGCUAACAUUAGUUACAGAGUCACUUGGCUAACAUUAGUUACAGAUACAAGUAGCUAACAUUAGUUACAGAGUCAUUUGGCUAACAUUAGUUAUAGAUACAUGUAGCUAACAUUAGUUAUAGAUACAUGUAGCUAACAUUAGUUACAGCAUCACUUGGCUAACAUUAGUUACAGAUACACUUUGCUAACUUUAGUUACAGAGUCACCUGGCUAACAUUAGUUACAGAUACAAGUAGCUAACAUUAGUUACAGCAUCACUUGGCUAACAUUAGUUAAAGAUACACUUUGCUAACAUUAGUUAUAGAUACAUGUAGCUAACAUUAGUUACAGCAUCACUUUGCUAACUUUAGUUACAGAGUCUCCUGGCUAACAUUAGUUACAGAUACAAGUAGCUAACAUUAGUUACAGAUACAAGUAGCUAACAUUAGUUACAGCAUCAUUUGGCUAACAUUAGUUAUAAAUACACAUGGCUAACAUUAGUUACAGAUAGAAACUACUGAGUCCUCUUAUGAACAGUGUUUCAAAAUUUUCAAGAAAUAAACAGUUAUUUUCGCUUCUAUCUGCCUGCAAUAUUUUGUAAACUACUUAAUUGGUUCUACAUCCCAAAAUUUAAUAAAAGCUGUUGCUGAA